AAACGUGGAAGCGGCUGGUCAACCAAAUACAAAUCCCACAAUAGAACUAAAGAACGAUACGAAAAUCUGAAAAAUCUGAAUAGAACUGAAACUGAAAAAUCGGCAUUGGAAGAUCUCAGACACAUUCAAAUUGUCCGAACGUUGUGGCAACUUUUUUGAUUAAUUACUCAUAAUUCGGUUGAUUUGCAUAUUGCAAUUGUUACAACUUUGGAAAAGGUAGAAACAAAAACAAACGGCAACGGUAACAGCAACAGGGUAAAAACUGCAAGCUGCAAAACCGGAAAUUCUAGAUCACUCGGAUCUCACGAUCCCCAAGAAGGCAUACACUAUAAACAAAACACAAAACCAAACAAAACAAACAAAAAACACUUGAAGUUGUUGUAAACCAAAGCGGUACUUUGUCUUCUCUUCUAAAGCAAAGCGCGACAAAACCAAACGAAACGCAAGAAACAAACUAAAACUUAAAACAAAAUCCCACAAAAAAGUGACACAAAUAAAGCAAAUUGUGCGAGUAUCGCCAUCGUCUGUCCCGGGGUCCAGUGUCCAGUCGAUCUGGUGUACCUAUAGCCCAUGAGAAAACGCUGAGUGUUGAGUUUAUUUCUGAUUUCUGUUUCUGUGUGUCGGCUUCUGCGGGUUUCGCUUUUUUGUUGCUGCCAGCCAACAGACGAAGAAAGAGGGAGAAUAUCGAGACGGCGAGACGGCAAGAAGGAAAAUCGUGCGCUCUCAAAGUAACAUAUUUAUUUUUAACAAUUUCGCAAGCGUUCAAAUUUUGCUCCAGCAAAAAAUUAGAACUCGAAGCCAGACAGACAGACAAAGAGACGGACAGACGGACAAGAAAAUAGAUCGCCAGCGAUCGUUAAGAAAAACCAAAACAGCCGGCGAUUGUGGCCUCUUAACAUUUAGCUGGGAAGAAGAAUAACAAUAACAACAGGACAGGGCCGGCGAAAGCGAGAGCCAGAAAUAAACGCAGGACAAUUGAGUAGGAGGAGUGGGAGCCAGGGAUUGGCAGAGAUAUGUCCGCAGCCGCUUGUGCCCGCUUCUGUACGCCGUUGACAGCUGGAGGCGGUGGCGGCUCCAACAAAGCCAAGUCCAACACAUCAGGCACAGGAUCGUCGUCAAAAUUGACGGCAGGAACAGGAAACAGCAGCAUGACGUCAGCAUACAAGAAGAAAAUUCCAGCAAAUGAUACCAACACAGAGGCGACAUUCACAUUCAAAUUGGGCCGUGCAACUGGCAGCAGCAGCAACGGGGGCGCUGGCAGCCACAGCGUUGCCUCAAGUGAGUCAUCAGAUCCUUUGGAAUCAGAUUACAGCGAGGAGGAGGAAGAGCCAGAGCCGGAGCAGAGUCAGAGCCAGAGCCAGAGCCAGAACCACGUAAGCAGCCGGAGCAGCAGCAGUGCCACGACCACAACAAGCUCCGCUGACCAUGACAAUGAGGUGGAAGAGGAGGAGGAUGACGACGAUGAGAAUGAUGGCGAUGGUCGCGACGGCGACGAUGUUACCAAUGAUUCCAACGAGAGCAUCGAGGAGGAUGACGGCAAUGAGACCGACGACGAGGAGGAUGAGGAUGACUCCGAUGAGAGCAGCAGCGUCCAGACAGCCAAGGGAGUUCGCAAAUUUCACUUGGACGACUACCAAAUAAUCAAAACUGUGGGCACUGGCACCUUCGGACGCGUGUGCCUAUGUCGCGAUCGGAUUUCGGAGAAGUAUUGCGCCAUGAAGAUUUUGGCCAUGACCGAAGUCAUUCGUCUAAAGCAGAUUGAGCACGUCAAGAAUGAGCGGAAUAUAUUGCGCGAAAUACGACAUCCGUUUGUCAUCAGUUUGGAAUGGUCCACAAAGGAUGAGUCAAACCUAUAUAUGAUCUUUGAUUAUGUCUGCGGCGGCGAGCUGUUCACAUAUCUGCGCAAUGCAGGCAAAUUUACUAGUCAAACUUCCAACUUCUUUGCUGCUGAGAUUGUCAGCGCACUGGAGUACCUGCACUCACUACAAAUUGUCUACCGUGAUCUGAAGCCAGAGAAUCUGCUGAUCAAUCGCGAUGGCCAUUUGAAGAUUACAGAUUUUGGUUUUGCCAAAAAGCUAAGGGACCGCACCUGGACACUGUGCGGCACGCCCGAGUAUAUUGCACCUGAGAUAAUACAAUCCAAGGGCCACAACAAGGCCGUCGAUUGGUGGGCAUUGGGUGUUCUCAUUUAUGAAAUGCUUGUGGGCUAUCCACCAUUCUACGAUGAGCAGCCCUUUGGCAUAUAUGAAAAGAUAUUGAGUGGAAAGAUUGAAUGGGAGCGUCAUAUGGAUCCCAUUGCUAAAGACUUGAUCAAGAAGUUGUUGGUGAAUGAUAGAACCAAGCGACUGGGCAACAUGAAGAACGGUGCCGAUGACGUGAAGAGGCAUCGCUGGUUCAAGCACUUGAAUUGGAAUGACGUCUACAACAAGAAACUAAAGCCACCAAUUUUGCCCGAUGUACAUCAUGAUGGGGAUACGAAAAAUUUUGAUGAUUAUCCCGAGCAGGAUUGGAAGCCGGCCAAGGCAGUAGACCAAAGAGAUUUGCAGUACUUUAAUGAUUUCUAAAAGAAGAAAUAAAUUGUCGUUAAUUUCAUGAAAUUUUUUUUUGUUUUCUGUUGAAAAUUUGUUAUAAUUUUGCGGUGGCAAGAACAUUAAUUAUUUAUACUGGCAAUUAAGUGUUUAAAGUGCUGUGCUAAAGCAAUGAUAACUAACGGUACGAUACAUCUACAUACAUACAUACAUUAAACUAUACUAUAAUCUACGACUAAAUAUAUAAACAUACAUAUAAAAAGAUAAAAAUAUGAACAAUAAGUCUAAGUUUAUGCCCAUAAUGUUAUUUCUAGCGUGUGACGUCUAUUAUUAUUAUGUUUAAUUGUUUAAAUGUUCGAACAACCUCUCCCCAUACAACAAAACCACACACACCCACCCAUAAAAGUAUGGCUACAAUAACAGUAGAAACUGUACUAUUAAACAACAACCAUGAAAAUAUUAACGUAAAACGUUGAAUAAAGUGAUAGAUUGAA